CCAAGAAACAUAACCCGCCAAAUUAAUAUUUAAAGGAAAUUGUGCGUAAUCUGCACCGAUGACACAACGGGAACUAACUCCAUUUUAUUUAUAAAGUCAGUGUCCAGCCACGGCGAGCAUUUCGCGGACGUGCGUGAACUAAACAUACCUACAGCGCUUUUCUAAACGCCGGCGCUUAAGUGUAAACUAGUAAAAAAGAAGUAGCUAUGGACGAAGUACCAAAGUACGCGCCCCCGCCGCCGCCUCCAGCGCCUAAGCGCCUAAGCAGACCCAAGAUAACCCUUCAAAUCCCUACAUCACCAUAUGGAGGCCCUCCGUCCGCCGUCUCAAGAUUUUCAACCUCCAAUAACUACCACGGCUACCCACCAAGAACACCAGAAUCUCAUAAGUUUCACCCCAAUUUCAACCCAGAAUGGUAUCUGCACAUGACUCAGGCGUCGGACUUUAUAAGGAAUACGGCGAAAAGUGGACUAAGUUUCGGUGAAAAGACUGCUCUGUGGAUUGUUGGUAAAUUGAAGCAUUUGUCGAAGCGAUGGUUCACGCAUUUCUUUUUGAUGUUGUGUCUGGUGUUGUACAGUGUUAUGGGAGCGGCGAUCUUCAUGGCUCUAGAGGGUCCCCAUGAAGAGAAAUACGACAAGCAGUUGGGCGAUAUUCGGAAAGACUUCGCAAAAACGGUCCAUGACUUUGUGGUCAAAAAUACAGCAUUAAAGGACGAGAACUACACCUUCAUAGUGUCAAAACUGGAGCUAUACGAGAAAGAAGUGAGUGAGUGCAUCACGAAACUGCCGGACAACAACACCACCCGCACCACGUGGACGUUCAUCAACUCCAUGUUUUACUCCGGCACCAUAUUCACAACUAUUGGGUAUGGUCACAUAACUCCCAAGACGCUAUCAGGCCGUAUCGCCACCAUCGUCUACGCAAUCGUCGGCAUCCCACUCUUCUUGAUCGUGCUCGCUGACUUUGGCAAGCUGUUCACGCGCAUCAUCAAGUUCCUCUGGUCGUUCAUCAGGAGGUUCUAUUACACGAGGAGCUGUAGAAGUGUGAGGAGGGUCACGCAUGUUGAGGACAUGGUGAAGGGACUGAAUAUGGUAGCAGAUGUUGUGAGACGACCAUCGCAGAUUUUUAAUACCGAAGAAGAUUUGGAAUCUAAGCCGGAAGGUAAUGGAGAUCCGCCGAAAAUUGAAAGAAAACCUAGCGAUGUUCCGCCACCCCUACCACCUAAACCUGGCCAGCUGCAUACAACUGUAAUAGACGAUACAAUUGAGCCUGAGACUCCAGCACCUUCAGACUUUAUUAUUGAUGAAGAAUUCAAUCUGCCCAUCUCUAUUGCCAUCUUCAUUUUAGUCGUAUACAUCGUUGUUGGGGCAUUAGGAUACGAUAUAUGGGAGAAAUGGGGCUUUUUUGAGUCUUUCUACUUUGUGUUCAUAUCAAUGACGACGAUUGGUCUAGGUGACUACGUUCCAAAACACCCUUUGUUCAUGAUGAUGUCAAUUCUUUAUCUAGUUUUUGGUCUAGCCUUAAUGUCUAUGUGCAUCAACGUUGUUCAAGUGAAAUUAUCAGAUACAUUCAAAACGGCGAGCAGAAAGAUAGCUGAUACAGUUGGGUUACCAAUUACAGAGGAAGACAUAUUAGUUGAAGGUAAUCCAGCACCGCCAAUAGAAAUAGCUCCAGUACACAAAAGCAAAAGCGUAACCGACGAAGGCAAAAGCAACGAAGGAAAAGAUAAUGAAAAUAAAGAUAAAUUCGUGCAGAUUAAUUGUGAUUGA